AUGCCUUCUGCCAGGCUGCCGGCGAGCCCUCCUUCGGCGGAAGCCUUACUGGACCCGAAAGGGUUUGACUUGAACGUGGCAGCGAUCAAGCCAUCCGCAGUGGACUCGCCUCCUGGUUUGAGCACCACGCAACCACCUUUUGACGCCCGAACGGGCAUGCGACCUUACGUCCCUGCCGAGGACGUCACGGGAUUCUCGACCGACGGCGUGGAGGCGCUACAGCUGCAGGUGCAACAGUUCGUGCAACGCGCUGAGGAAGGCACAGCCGCGCUCAUGCCCAACGAUGUUGGAGUCAUCGCCAGGCUCGCCUCUGAUCUGCACGGCGCAGGGGAGCGGUACAUGGCCACCGCCGAGCUCCUCGCGUCCUACCGUGAGGAGCGGUGCGCCUUCCAAACCUGUGUCGGGCAGGCAGCGGCGACCUACGGGCAGCAGCUAUCGAAUGGUGACUUCUCCGCCAACGGCAAGCUCACCGAGGCGGCGCUCUGCUUCAACGUGCUAAACGGGGAGCUGGGUGCCUUCGAAGCCGAGGUGGACGAGGGGCAAGCCACCCUCGACCAACUGGAGCAGCGGUAUCAUACCUCCCGCCUCGAGUACAUUGCGGAGCAGGCACGGCUGCUGCAGAUGCUUGAGGGCGCGGCCCCUUCCAAGCUUGCUCGGGCGAAUGCUGCAGCACUCAAGCAUCACCAGUCGCAAAUCAGCUCGCUGGCCGAUGAAGUCGCGCAGCAGCGUCAGGCGAUGGUGGAGCAGAGCCGAGCGACGGCGGCGCUUGGUCGGCAGGCGGAGGAGCACAAUGCAGAAGUGCAGCAGGGAUUUGAGCAGGAGGUGAGGCACGAGGACGCCCAUGAGGACCGGACCGCGUACGACUCAACAUACACGUGCUGGGCACCGAUGAUUCGGGUUCAGAUGACCAUCUCUCGAGCGAGAGACGAGGGACGCCUCACGAGACUCCAGAGGGCCUAG